UUGGGGCAUUAUGUGUGGCAGGGACACACCCCUCCACACGCCACGCCGCUCUGCAUAGUUUUGCCCGUUAAUUAAUUGUUAAUGCAGCAUUUUCUAUGCAUCGUCCGCGCUGCUGCUGUCCUUGGCAGCCCCAUGAUGCCCCACCAUGCCACAUGCAACAGCAACGAAUGCAUUGAGUGACAGCCAGAAAUCAUCACAAUAGACAUACAACAACAACAACAACAACAAAACAAUAAUUGCAACAAAAUCUGAGGCAACAACAACUGGAACCAUGUCGAGUGGCAACAAUGAAACAGCGCCGCUCUACUGCGGCAGCGGCAUGGAUAAUUUCCACACAAGCUACAAGAACAUGCAUGGCUAUGUCUCCCUGGUGGUGUGCAUCCUGGGAACGAUAGCGAAUACUCUCAACAUUAUUGUGCUCACCCGCAAGGAGAUGCGCUCCCCAACGAAUGCGAUACUCACGGGUCUCGCCGUGGCAGAUCUCGCCGUGAUGCUCGAGUACAUACCCUACACGAUCCAUGACUAUAUCCUGACGGACAGCCUGCCGCGGGAGCAGAAGCUGAGCUAUGGCUGGGCCUGCUUCAUCAAUUUCCAUUCGAUAUUUGCCCAGGUGCUGCACACCAUCUCCAUUUGGCUGACGGUCACGCUGGCCGUGUGGCGCUAUAUAGCGGUGGGAUAUCCCCAAAAAAAUCGCGUGUGGUGUGGCAUGCGGACCACCAUCAUUACGAUCUUCACGGCCUAUGUGGUGUGUGUGUUGGUCGUCUCACCGUCGCUGUAUCUCAUUACGGCCAUUACCGAGUGGAUGGAUCAGUUGGAUGCGAUGGGAAAGGUCAUCAAUUCGAUACCCUUGACGCAGUACGUGAUCGACUAUCGGAAUGAAAUGUUGAGCGUGAAAGUCGCAGCAUUGAAUGCCACUCCACAGAGCCUGAAUCUCAAUGAAACUUUGUGGUUUAAUGCCACAGGGACAGCGACGACAUCGACUCCUCCGCCUGCUCCCCCGUUGGCACCACCUGCUCCUUUGGUGGUGCGAAAUGUCACCGUCUAUCGGCUGUACCACAGCGAUCUGGCGCUGCACAAUGCCUCCCUGCAGAAUGCCACCUUUCUGAUUUACAGCGUGGUCAUCAAAUUGAUACCCUGCAUUGCACUGACGAUUCUCUCGGUGCGUCUGAUCCUGGCCCUCCUAGAGGCCAAGCAGCGCCGGAAGAAGCUCACCAGCAAACCCCCCACACCCGCAGUGGCGGCAGCUAGCAAUGGAAAUGGCAGUGGAAAACCUUUGGUGAAUGGAAAGCCCGCGGAACGACCGCGCAAGAAUAGCAAACUCCUGGAGAAAGAGAAGCAAACGGAUCGCACCACUCGCAUGCUGCUGGCGGUGCUGUUACUCUUUUUGAUUACCGAAUUUCCACAGGGUAUCAUGGGUCUGAUGAAUGCCCUGCUGGGGGAUGCCUUCUUCCUGCAGUGCUAUCUGAGAUUAAGUGAUUUAAUGGACAUUUUGGCCCUAAUUAACUCCAGCAUCAACUUCAUUCUCUAUUGCUCGAUGAGCAAACAGUUCCGUACGACCUUUACCCUGCUUUUCCGCCCAAAAUUCCUCGACAAUUGGCUGCCAGUGGCACAGGAUGAGGUGGCCGCCACACGGGCGGAACGUUCGGCAGUGGCUCCGGCUUUACAGCAGCGGCAAAUUGUUACUGCCGGUGCCACCACCACCACGAGCACCACUCAAGUGACGAAUCUGUAGCAUAGAAAUCCCAGCCGAAUGUUGGGUCGUCUGUUGAGUCUCCUGAAGCGACGGAGAGACGCGGCAGAAGGUGGAUUCCAUACAGAAAGAGAUGCGGUAGCAGAAAGAGAAUCCCUAGGGGGACUGGAGACAGAUCCCAUGGCGCUACAGUUCCAUGCAAUUGUCGUUGUGGUGGACAAGGCGAGUGGUGCCACGGAUCAUCGUUUAUGCACCACUGACGAGGCCCCCAAACUGUGAGGUACAACUAGAUAGAAUCUAGAUGAUGGUUUUCCCUAGUAAUUUUGUGUAAAAUAGAUAAGAUUUCUCUCUAGUUUCCGUCUAAAAAUAAACCCAUUUAUUAGGCAACAUUAGCAAGAAAAAGCUAAACACAAAGCAUCUGCAUACUUUUUUCAGGAGUUACGAGGAGACCCUUGGAAAAUUAUAAAACUGUAAUAAAAUGCAACAGAAAUCGCUCAUGCACAUCGCUGGCUCCAUGAACAUCCGGAAUGAAAGUGUUUUGGCCAUAAAUCAAAUUUGGGAAAUUGCUUAGCUGCAUUUUCAUGCAAGCUUUUCAUAGUUUUCCCACUCAACUAUCCAUCAAAAAGUAUGCAAAAUGCAAUAUGUGUGUGCUCUACAGAACUACGAAUUUUUUUUGGCAACAAUUUCAAUGGAAUACAAAAAAAAAAUGAAGAGAUGAGAACGGAAUAAAUGUCUGAUAUAUUUCAUAGAUACGCAUACGGAUAUACGGGAUAAAUUUUCGUGUGUGUUGUAGCUUUAGUUUUGAGCGAAUUUUCAUGGUACAAUUAUUGCUUGCGGACGGGUUUAAGAGUUCUUUAAACGAAAGAGUUCUUUAUUUAGGAGCAGAGGCUGUGAAACGUUAAAUAAAUAGGUUUCCUUUUACUCUAACGAUAUGGGAAAACCAUGGCGGAAAAAUUGGUUUUCUUUUGGUGGUAAAAUUUAUGCGAAAGUAUGCGGAUUUUUUUCACAUUUUUGUCGUUUUUUUAGAUUUAAUUUUUGCAAGAAAAACUGUCGUUUGAUUUGGGUUGCAACAUUUUUGCCCUAAAUUAAAGGCAUUAAAUGGAAAUCUCCUCUCCCAUCAAAUGACACGCAUAAAUAAUGAUUGAUGAUUGAAGUAUUUGUGCAGCAAAAUGAGCCCCUGACAAAUAUUUCGUAUCCAAUCGCUUGAAUAAAUUGAAUAAAUAAAUAAAUCAAAACACCACAAAAAAGAAUUACAUGACAAAAAUAAACAGAAAAUAAAUCAAGAAAAAAACAAGUAAAAAACAAUUUAAUAAAAUAUUGAUGUUAAUUGAUGGGACAGAAAGAGAUGGCCAGAUAAAGCGAGAGAGAAAGUGUGCAUGCCAUAUAAUUAGCACUAAAAUUCAUAUAAAUAUAGAAAUUAAAUUACAUUCAUAAUGUUGCCACAGUGCUUGCUAAAAGUAAGCAUACUCGUACAUGUUAAAUAAAU